CGACGAUGGUUCGAGUCAAUUAACAGCGCUCCAUUGCCCAGAACGCCCAUCACCUGCAUCUCUCCCUAUUCCAUCUGGCCUAUACGUCUUUCGUCCCCCAGCUAACCAAAGUCAACUAGCAAAUUUUUGCAGAGAGAAAGCUCACGUAGAAGAACAUAGACAUUUACACGCAGACCAUGGAGAGAGAUCUUGGCAUCAAAGCGGAAGUGAUCAACAAAGCCUUAUCAGUAUCCAUCACAGCUCAUAAGAGCCCUGAGAAGCUGUGUCUCGUCAAUUGGAAGAUUCCCAAUAGCCCCUCGCAGGUCAUCGUGGCCUUCCCAAUAUCACGGUCUCUGGAUGACUGGCUCGCCGGAGACAGCACAGCCAAGCCUUUCGGAGAGACCAAGGUCGACACUAAAAUGUUCCCAUCUCUCAAGAGCAUCGGCAAGGAUGUGGUCGCCACGGUCAACGGCGCAUUCAUGGCAAGAUUCCUACGUAUUCUGAACGAUGAAAGUGGAAAGUUCCGCGCGGAGGUGACAAAGGCGGUGGACAAGAAUAAGCAAAUAAUAUUUGCAGGCCAUUCAUCGGGCGGUCCAAUCGCAAUAUGCGCGACCGUUUGGUUCCUUGAGGAGUACGUAAGAUCAAAUAAGAAGCAGACUCCUCCCCGUCCUCUCUGUUUGACAUUCGGAUCCCCACUGACCACCGACCGCACCUUUUGCCAUGCCGUCCAGCGUGAGGGUUGGUCCGAUUGCUUUGUCCACUUUGUUACGAAACUCGACAUCGUUCCCAGGAUUUUACUGUCUCCUCGCUCUUCCGCAACAGAGUUGCUAAAAGAAAUUGUCUCUUCCUCUGAACCGCAUCACGAGCCCGUUUCAAUUGACAACUUGGCUUCCCUUUUUUCGAAUGUGAUGAAGAAUGCAUCAUGUGUCACAAGCCAUGCAGCUUGUGAACUAACGGGAAGUAAACAUACCUUAUUUGACACCAUGUCUAGAUUCGUCAAGCUAAGCCCUUACCGACCAUGCGGGAAGUAUGUCUUUUGCACCGAGACUGGCAGGUUGGUAGUCGUGAAGAACCCGGAUGCGGUUCUUCAAAUGUUGUUUUACUCUUUACAGAUUGACUCCGUAACAGAGCUUCAGAAGACGGCAGAGGGAAGCUUAAGGGCACAUUGGGCAUAUGAAGAUGCAUUAAACAAAAGCUUGGCCCCGCACAGUGUUGUUUGUUUGGAGAACCUCCGAGAAUUGCCUCUCAGCUCAGAUGAUGCCGCACUAAAUGACCUUAACCUGUUCGCACCGGCGAAGCUGUGCCUUCGUGCCGCUGGAGAGUUGGAGAAGAAGAAACUGGAUAACCAGAGAAGGAUGGAAGGCAAGAUGGGCGACAUAGAGAAAGCCCUCGUCGCAUUAGAAAAGUACCGGACCGCGAGCGAGCAGGACGGCGUGGGAUAUUACGAUGCUUUCAAAUUGCAAAAGAAGGAGGAAGACUUCAAGGCUAACGUAAAGAGACUUGAACUGGCAGCUAUUUGGGACGAGAUCGUCGAAUUGCUGAGACAGGAGCAGCUCCGGGAUGGAUUUGAGGCAGAUGAAAAAUGGGUGGUUCUUGGCACGCGGUUUCGCCGACUUGUGGAGCCAAUAGACAUAGCCAACUACUAUCGACACUCCAGGGAUGAUGUGGCAGGUCCUUACAUGAAGGAAGGAAGUAGGCCAAGUCGGUACAGAUUUACACAAAAAUGGCGAGAACACGCAGAGCAUUUACAAGCAGAUUCAUCGGGUGAAUCCUUCUUUUGGGCCAAGGUGGAGGAGCUGAAAAAUAAACCAUGGGAAAAAAUGAGUAAGGACGUCUUGGAUUUGGGGGCCCGUCUUAAAAAGUGGUACGAAAAUAAGGAGGUGGAGAGUGAUGUGUUCUUAAAAAAGAGCACACUCGUUGAGUGGUGGCAAGCUCUCUGCAAAGACCAUGCUGAGUUGCACGGCAUACUUCCGAUACCACCUGUUGAGUGAGACUUGUAUUGCUAUUUCUCAAUGUAGCAAAAUACCCUUAAUGUUUGUAAAACGUUUGUGUUUGGGGAUAUGCAUAUUUAUAAGCUUUCUUCACCGACAUACUCUUAUGAAAGUGGUAGAUGCAUAGACUGCGUUCUCCAUUUAAUCCACACUCUUCGACUAUUAUCCAAAGUCACUUGAUAGAGAUUA